CUCUUCUCUCGUCCUCGCGCUCCGCAGUGACUAUCACGCGCGCUCCCAUCAUCACCGCUACACUGGUGUGGAUGAGCGCAACAUGGCUGUGAAUCUCAGUAAGAACAGACUGGCCCUCUUAACAGCUUAUCAGGACGUGAUCGACGAAGCUACAGCAACCGACUGGGCAUUAUACACAUAUGAAGAUGACAGUAAUGAUCUAAUCCUGUCUGCUUCAGGAGAUGGCGGCCUGGCCGAGAUCGCCGUCAACUUCGACAAUACCCGGAUCAUGUACGGUUUCUGCAGCCUGAAGGAUCCCACAGCGUCCCUGCCACGCUACAUCCUCAUCAACUGGGUUGGUGAAGAUGUGCCAGACGCCAGGAAGUGCGCCUGCGCCAGCCACGUCGCCAACAUAGCCGAGUUUUUCCAGGUGGGUCUCGCAAAGGGUGUUGACAUCAUCAUCAAUGCCAGCUGUAUGGACGACAUCGACCCCUCAGCCAUCGGACAGAGGCUGACCAAUGGGACGGUUCCGGUAGCCAGCCCCGUCCUCAGCCGCCUGCGAAUGAAAGACGAGGAGAACGGCGAGCACGUGGGCACCACCUACACGAAGACAAAUGCGGAGAUCGAGAUGAAGAAAAUCAAUCGAGAGGAGUUCUGGGAACAAGCCAAGCGGGAAGAGGAGAUUAGAAAGGAGGAGGAGAGGAAGAAGGCUGCUGAGGAGCGACAGCGUUUUGAAGCAGAAAGGAUGGAGCUGGAGAGGAAAGAGCAGGAGGAACGUGAGAAGAGAUAUCGUGAGAGAGAGAAGCAGAUCGAGGAACACAGGAAGAAGAUGCUGGAGGAAGAGGAGGCCAAAGAGAAGGCCAGAAAUCAACCUCUGAUUGUAAGAACAGAACCCAGCAAUGAAGAUUCUGGCGACAAGAAGGAAUCAGAGGUUGAGGAGGCAGCGGCCAUCAUUGCCCAAAGGCCUGAUAACCCGCGUGAGUACUUUAAACAGAGAGAGAGAGCCCUGGCCAACAGUGUGGACGUCUCACCGGUCACCACCCACAGGACCGGCCGCUUGGACAGUCCAUUCUUGAGGCAACAGCACAGUCCGUCUGACUGCAGCCCUCCCCCCUCUCGUACUCCGCCCAGUACGCGGCGGCGACCAGGUUCACCUGGAAUUCUGGCACGCAGCAUGACCACUGGAUGCACUCCAAUUCCCAAAAUCGCCAUUCAGGAGGAAAAGGAUGACUUCUUUCGAAAGGAGUUCGAUUUUGAGUCUCCAAAGCAAACCCCAAUGCAGGAGUCAGACUUUGUCAGCACCGCCGAAAGCACCUCACCCCGGGUCAACACAGACGACAGCUUGCUAGACAUGUGGGACAGCGGUCCAGCACCUGCCACUGCUCCUUCCCAGGCCGCUCACAUCAUGGACCUGAUGGACGACGUCCCAGAACCUCAUUUCGCCGGCUCCUCCCCCAGCCUCCCACAGCCACUUAUGAGCUUCGACGAGGUACCUGACGUCUCCUUCUGCAUCACCACAGAAGACGAUCCCUCCAGUCUGGUGGACGUGGCCGGAUCGGACCAGAUGACCCUGAGUUACCAACAGGCCCUUCAGCAUGCAUCUGCCACCGACAGCCAGGACAUGGAUGACGGACAGCUGCUGUUGACUAAUGGAGACUCACUGCUUAAAGAAGGGACCCAGGCCAGUGAAGGCUAUUUCAGCCAAUCACAAGAGGAGGAUUUCGCCCAGUCAGAUGACUGCACUGCAAAAGUGAACCCUACACCAGUUUUUUACAACAAACCACCAGAAAUCGAUAUCACAUGCUGGGAUACGGACCCCGUGAUGGAAGAAGACGAUUAGGAGCGACAGCAGCGACACGUGAAGAAAUCUGAUUGGACAAACAAUACAAGUCUUGCAUCAAAAUGUUUAGCAAAAAAAAGAAACGUUAGCCACCGAAGAAAAGGCCUCGGGUUAUUGUUAAAGAUGCCAGUGGGUAUGUGAGCGUGAAUGUGUUGUUUAUUUAUUUCAUUUCUCUUUCGUUGCUAUGCAGAGUAUAGCACAGUGUGUAUCUAGCGCUCACCUGUGAUCUAUCGACUCCCUGUGCCUAACAGGUGUGUGUAGUAGCAGAUCAGACCCUUUAGUUUUAGUUUUAUCAGAAGAUCUAAAUCAUCACGGUCCUGGUAGAUCUUUCCACCAGGCUGGUUAUACAGUAGAUGCAUUAGUUGAAUGUGUAUGAGUGUUACGCCCAAAGGGUCUUUACUUUGAUGACCCGGUUGGUCAGGGACGGUUUAACCUUCAUUUAUUCAAAGCGAAAGGCAUGUCAGUACUAGAUUUUAGCUUUAGUUGAGUGAGUGUCACUCGCAUUUAGCAAACAAAACAUUACGGGGGUUUAUGUGAUUACGAAACAAUUUUGUGUUGUGCCAAUUAUUUCCAGUAUGUUGACGUGUCGCACUGUGUUGGUGUAACGGCCUUUUAGGACUUUAGCCGGGUUGCAUAUGUAUAUUUUGACUACAUAUGAGACAAUGUGUAUAAACAAUGGCAUUCUGAAACACUUGCAAUAGAUCUUGCUUUGAUUUUUGUUAUGAAACUUAGGCAAUAACGGUUGUACUCCAGUUAUGUUUGUUAUAUACUGGGCGGCGUGUUUGUGCAUCCACAUCUAAUCUAACAAAGAAACCGAAAGGAGAGUGCACUGUUAUCGGCAUACUCAACGCUGACAGAAAUGCUUGGCGUCGCAAGCUUGUACUACCUGCGUUUUAAGUUACUGUUGUCGUAAAACACCACUUUUCAAUGUUCGGGCCAUUAAAACAGAUGCUAUUCAGGUAACAAGCUUUUCAGACUGUUGCUCUGUGCUCAGUUUUUGCGAAUGCCUGCUGUAGCGCCCCUAGUGGCAAUGCUGAGAAUGCAACGCUCGUGUUAUGAAACACAUUUCGGCAUGCGGUGACUAGUAAAAUAAAGCUUGUGGUUAAAAGCGUUUUCAUUUCUGUGAUUGCAUAGAGGUCCUGUUUACUGACGUUUUUACACGUCUAAAGUGAGGUCCGCCCCAUGUGCAAGUUGUUUAUAAUCGUACAUCAAAGCCGCUAUAACCAACAUAACGUAAAUACAAUAUUGAUAUUACAAUCUUAACCUUUUUAAUUAUUUUGUUUUAAGUUAAAGAAAUAGUUCACCAAAAAAUGAAAACUUUGUCAUUGUUUACUCGCCCUCGUGUCGUUUGAUCCCCCAAUGUCUUUCUUUGUUCUUUCGAAAAAAGAAAUAAUGGACUAUAUUUUAGUUUUUCAUGCCCUCGGGACACUUAAACAUGAGUGAAGUUAUUUAUUUAAACAUUUUAGGUCCUUGUGAAGCUUGAAGAGCCAGAAAACCAAAAACAACACUUAAAAAAAAAUCUGCAUGUAGGUUCUGAAGGACAAAAAAAGAUAUUGGGCAUUUAAACGACAAUAAUAAUGUCAAAAAAAAAUCGUUUUUAGGUGAACUCCUUUAAAGGUGCAGUAUGUCUUUUUAGAAGGAUCUCUUGACAGAAAUACAAAAUUAUAUACAAAACUAUAUUAUCAGCGGUGUAAAAAGACCUUUCGUAAUGAACCGUUAUGUGUUUAUUACUUUAGAAUGAGAUGCUUUUAUCUACAUACACAGAGGGUCCCCUUACAUGGAAGUCCCAUUUUGGGCGGCCAUUUUUCUACAGAAGCCCUUAACGGACAAACUUUUUUACUAAGUUGUCUCCGACAAUGACAUGUUUGUCCGGUAGCGGCUACUGUCGCUUCUCUAUGUGUUUCAAAAGUGAGGGGUGAGCAGUGGACUGAGCUGUUGGUUGCAAUUCACAACCUCACCAUUAGAUGCCGCUAAAAUUUACACACUGCACCUUUAACAAUGAAUGAAUGAUGCUUAAUUGUUCUUGAAUUCAUCAAUACAUCUAGCUAUGUUUAACAAGUUUGUGAACCUCGAAUUAUUGUAAACCUUUUUGGAUAUGUAAAUUGUGUCACUUUCUGUGGUAAACAACACUUUUUACUCAGAAAUGAUUGCUGGGACAAAUCCUCUGGGGUCUAUACAGCAUACUAAACUCCUGUAAGCUUUGUUUUGCUGGCCCACAUGUUUAACCACUAAGUUAUCACCAACCUUUGUCUUAACCUUGACUGUCAUUUGUCUUCCUCAGUUUUAUCAUUUUAAAGGCCACAUCAUUAUAAUAACACAGUAUUAUGACAUUAUUACUCUUUGGUUUUAUGUUACAAUGAUACAACUGUAUUGCAAAAAUUGUGAGUGGAAAAAGCGAGCAAUAAGACUUAACCAAUGUAGUAUUGUUUUGUAAAUAGCUCUACUUUUUUGUGCUGAUGUAAGCUGUAUUAUAGUCACUAACAUGUAUCGAUCCACAGCCCAUGCCGCGGUCAAGGGUUGGUUUGAGUUUGAACUGGGUUUCUUUGGUGAGAAAGAAGAUCGCUCAGUAUGAUAGCUGGUUGUUUUUGUUAGGAGGUGACCUGCAUCUUUAACAGUAACUUUGCCCCUUUGAAAUGACUUCAGUGUAACUCGUAUUCACUUUCCAGCCUCCUUAGUAGUGAUUAUUAUUCUCUUUUUCCCUCAAACUACAAGGAGAUUACUACUAGUAUUACUAUUAACACUGCUGUUCAACUACCAUCGUUUCUUCUCUGAUCCUGAAGCAAGGCUUAGCAACUCUUGAAAGUUUUCGCUCUUUUUUUUUAAUAAGAAUAAUUUUUUUCUAUCUCUUCCCUUUUCCGUCCGCUUCUCACACGCUGUUUUUGAAACAAGCACAAGAUUUUUGUGACAUGCUAUGUGCUUAUGUAUGUUAAUAAAAGACUUUAAAAUC